AGCAGAGGAGCUCAGAGAGUGAAUGAAAAAAGCUAAGAGCGAGACAUAAACAACCAUGGGGACUCUUCUUUUUGGAUUUAGAAACUUUGGGAAAACUAAUGGAUAGCUGCUUUCUGGAGGAGUUUAUAAGAGAAGAGAAAUGGAUCUACAUGUGUCAGUUAACUCUGACAGUCCAGACAACAUGGAGCGCACGAGCAGGACAAAAGUGGACCAGGGGAGACAGACGCACCAGGUCUUACAGAGCACUCCUCUAGAUCUGAUUGAGACCGGCAAAUCUCUUAAAGUCCAGGCAGAGCGCCCCCACCUAGUCAGUUUGGGAAGUGGACGCUUAAGCACAGCUAUAACCCUACUACCACUUCAGGAAGGGAGGACCACGCUGGGCAGCGAGGGGACAGAUAUCCCUCUGCAGGGCCCCGGCAUCGUAGCUAAGCACUGCUACAUAGAGAACCAAGGGGGAAACAUCACCCUGUACCCAUGUGGACACCAGUGCUCUGUGGACGGGAUGCCCGUCACAAAACCAUACCGCCUGACACAAGGGUGCAUGCUGUGUUUUGGCCAGUCUGCUUUUUUCCGCUUCAACCAUCCAGAGGAGGCCCUGCGGAUGAAGAGCAUGCUGCCUGGAGGGAACCAAGGACCGAGCAGCACAAAAACUCCUUCUAAUGACUCCCACAGCAUCCUGAAUGGGAAUCAUCAGUCUCCUGCAACCAAUGGUGACUCUAAGACCAACAGCUUAGCAAAGAAUCUGCAGGACUCUCUGGUACUGAAAGCCUCCUCAUCAUCAGGAUCCAAACUGCCGAUUCGCCAGAACUCUCCUUCAAACAUGAUCAAUGGGAGAAACGGCUCCACAACAGAGGACUCCAGCAGCUUUCGUGGUCAAAACCUUGGCAACAAAACCCCUCCAGUACCGUCCAGGUCCCCUCAUAAUAGCCACGCUCCUGUCCCCCAUCCAAGGAGCUCGCUCUCUGUGGCCCCAAGCACUAGUAGUGGUUUAAGGGCCCAAGAGAGCCCAAAGCUUCUGAGGAAUGCAAGAGCAGAGGCAACAUCAAGCCCCACACCAAGCAGGGGGUCAGGGCACAGCACAGAGAACUCUAAAAUACCUUCCCCCGUCAAAUUCUCCCCAGCAGCUCCAUCCAGCCCUCGAGUAAGAGGUUCCUCCCUGCAGAAGAGAUCCCCCAGUCCAAUGAGAGAUCUGCACCACGCUCAUGUGGACGCACCUCAAAGGGUCAGGACUCCAGAGCCAGCUGGAUCCUCAAGCCUGAGAAAUCUUCCUCCUCACAGUCCUUACACAUCCCGCAGAGGGACUCCGGGAUUGCAGGGCUCGGCUUCUGUCCCUGAGAGCCCACAGGGACACCGCAAAGUGACUGCUUCAAAAGCAGAAGCCAUGAGGGCCAUGUACGCCCAGAGUCCAUCGACUCUCUCUGGGCUGGAGAUGGAGCCUGCAGGGAAACAGCUAAGACCUGGGGGCGUCAUGUCAGGCCUGGGUUCUCUGUCUGCUUCAUCUCCUUUUUCCAGUCCUGGAAGCCAAAGGAAACCCUGUAUGACAGGAUUCUCCAGCAAGGACCAGAGUUUUACAAAACCACAUACCAGGGAACGCAAAAACAGCAUCUCUGAGAUUAGUGACAAUGAGGACGAGCUGCUGGAGUACCAUCGCUGGCAGAGAGAGGAGAGGCUGAGGGAGCAGGAGAUGGAGAAACUGGAGCGGCAGAGGCUGGAGACCAUCCUGAACCUGUGUGCAGAGUAUAACCAUGAGGACAGAGCUGUGGAGCUGGCUGAGGUGGUGAGGAAUGGACUGCUGGGAGGAAGCUGCUCGGACACAGGAGUAAGGAUGCCUCUUGAGGGAUUAGACCGAGCCCAGAGGGUGACAGAGAAUGAUGAGGAAAUACAGAGAGAGGAAUCCAGCAGCACAGAGAGCACACACCAAGAGUGUGAAGAGCUGCUGGCUGGGCAGGAUCCGGCCUACCUGGAGGAAGAGAGGAGCAGGAUCUUGGCCCGGGUUGAUGACUUGAAGCAGAGAGUCAGUGACCUGGAGCAGCAGCUGCAAGAGACCAAACAGGAGGUGGAGAUGGAGCAGGCCCUGCUGCAGGCGGAGAAAUGGGCAGAGCAGGAGCAGGUGGAGGCUGAAAAUGAAAUCAUCUCUCAGCUGCAGCUCAAACUGAGCCAGCUGGACAAGGCCACCCAGAAAGAGAAGGACAAGGGGAGGGCUAAUGUGUCGGCUGAGCGGAAGGCCCUGGAAAAGCAGAGGAAUGAGUACAAUGAGCUGAAGAGGCAGUUUGAUAAGUGCCCCUUGUCUCUAAGGGAACAGUUACAGGAGCAGCUCAGCAGGAAAGCUGAGGCUCUGGAGUCUGGGACCAAGCAGUUUGAGGAGCUGGAGUUCUGUCAGCUGGAGGCAGAGAGCAGUCUGGAGGAGAAGAGGGACACUCAGAGCUCGCAGCUUCUCCAGGAGAGAGCUGAGUAUCACUGCAGUGUGGCCAAGAGGAAGGAGAGGAUGGGUGCUCUGGAAGCUCAGGUGAAGCAGCUGGGAGUACAAGCAACUCAAGACUGUGAGAGGAUGGUAAAAGACAAGGCAAUGACUCUGCAGCUGUUACACAAGGAGCAGGACAGGUUGUGUGCUCUGGAGAAGAGGUACCUCGCCCUGACUGGAGGAAGAAACUUCCCAAAACACAAUGGCAACAUGAAAGAGGAACUGCUUCACAUCAGCGAACCUGAUCUUGCUUAUGUGGACGGUCCUCCUCAUAGCCUCUGUCCCUCCUCCGCCUCCUUCUCCUCCUCUCACAUCCCCUCCCCAGAACUCUAUCCUGUUAGACAGCAAGAGGAGUACCUCAGGCUUGCUGAUGUCUAUAAGAUGUAUGGAAAUUCUGCACUACAACCUCACUCUCCUUCCCCUGCUGCUCUUCAUUGCUUCUCCCUCUCUGUAGCUCCAACUCUUCCAUGUGAGGAUUACAUCACAGUCAGUCAGUUAAGCCAGAUCUUCGGGAUGCAGAGACUUGAUCCCCCCUCUUCCUCAUCUACUCCAUCAUUCCAACUCUCCUCUUCUCAAUCUACCUUCUCAUGCCACCAACCAGCAUGUGGCCCUUCCUACUCUCUCUCUACAAAGAGCCAGCCUGAGCUGAGCAGGAAUGUAAUGCCUCCACUUAACCUCGAGCGCUGGUACCAGGAGAUCAUGUCUGCUGGGGAGCCUCAGUCAUGUCCUCCACCGCUGCCUGCAAAGUCUUUUUCCACACGCAGACAGGGGCAGCUGUUAAAGUCUAAAUCAGACGGUGAAGUUGGACAGGCAGCAUUGAGCGGUGCUGCAGCUCUUCAACACUCAGGUGGUGCUGCUUAUGAGAGAAAUGCAUCCACCAAGGGGUUACAGUUAAUGCUGAGAGAUAUGUCAAACCCAUUAGACAUGGAGUCCAGGAGACAGUUUGUCCUGCAGAAUAAAGAUCUGUCUCCCACAGUCCAUCACUCCAUCCUCCACCAUCAGACGCCCUCCAGUGGAAACCAGGCGUAUGACACCCUGAGCCUGGAGAGCUCUGACAGCAUGGAAACCAGUGUCUCUACCGGCAACAACUCCGCCUGUACCCCAGAAAGUGCCUGUGGGCUGGAGGCCCAGAGGAUCGAGGAGAUGGAGAAGAUGCUGAAAGAGGCGCAGCAGGAGAAAGCCCGGCUCAUUGAGAACAGAGAGAGAGAGGUGCAGGCUCGGCGGCAGAUGUUGGAGGAGGAGCGGAGGAGGCGAGAGGAGGCCGAGAGGAGGCUUCUGGAUGAGACGGCCCACAGGCAGAGACUGGUGGAGGAGGAGGUGAAGAUGAGAGAGAAACACUUCUCCCAGGCUCGUCCCAUGACUCGCUAUCUGCCAAACCGGAAGGAGGAGUUUGACCUGCGUUCCCAUGUGGAGUCAUCGGGCCACAGCAUAGACACCUGUCCCUUUGUCAUCAUCACAGAGAAGAUGUGCAAAGGCCACCUGGUGAAGAUGGGUGGCAAGAUCAAAUCAUGGAAGAAACGCUGGUUCGUUUUUGACCGCCUCAAGAGGAACUUCUCUUACUAUGUUGACAAGCAUGAGACCAAACUGAAAGGACUCAUUUACUUUCAGGCGAUUGAAGAGGUUUAUUACGAUCACCUACGCAGUGCCACAAAGAGCCCAAACCCGUCUUUGACCUUCUGUGUGAAAACCCACGACCGCCUCUACUACAUGGUGGCCCCUUCCCCGGAGGCCAUGAGGAUCUGGAUGGAUGUCAUAGUAACGGGAGCUGAGGGAUACACACAGUUCAUGAGCUGAGGGACCAUCGGGUGACAGAUGGAUGCGGGGACUGAGCGAGCACCCAGACACCUGAGAGCUCACCUGAACUGCUCCCUGACGGAGCUUGAGCCGAAGCCUGAUGGCGUUUGACGGACAGAUAAAUGCUUGAAAAGAUGAGAGCUCUCAUAAAAGCCUGAUGCCUCUGGGCAAAUGAGGGCUUUAGUAACAGGUACAUUUGUAAGAGUUUUAUUAUCGUUCUGCAACUAUGAGAAGGAAAAUAGCUUGAGCAACCGGCAGAUGGCUUUUUAUCAAACACAUUCUAUAGAAAAUUUCAUGUUAACAUUUUAAUAUACAUUUUAUAUAAAAGAAGGAGUACAAUGAAGAUUUUACACUUCAGCUCAAACUGUUUCUGCCCAUGAAGCUGGCGUGUGCGUGCAGUAAUCUCUCUAACAGAUGCCUUUUUUCACCUUUUGAUACAUUUUUAAUUUUUCCUUCAGGUUUGCUAAAGAAAAAUAACACCUUAAUAUUUUACAAUGCUAAAAAAAAGUUUGAAAAUAUGUAAAGAAGAAUUCUAAGCAAUUUUAAAGCUUCCUAUCAAGAGAAAACUACUUGAUGCCAAAAAAACUUUAUAUAAUCUUUUGUCAGAUUUUUACAAUAUAUAAAUGUUAAUAUUACUUUAUAUGUUAUUAUAAGAACUUUUUAUUCAGAAAAUAAUGCAGCAUUUAUGUAUUUAACAUGAAGAUAUUGAAGAAAACAAAAAAAUGUUGAUUAUAGUCCUACAGAUAUUGUACAACUACACUGCAGUAAAUAAAAAUCUACGAUGCA